UUGACUCACAGACUCACAAGCGGAAAGCCAGUAACAGCUGAGCAGUCAGGAGCCGCCGCGCAGGGAUGGGCGAGGACGUGCGGGUACAGACUGAGGGGCUAAUGCAGCCGGGGGAGAGGCAGAGGGAUACAAAGCGAGAGCUCUGCUCCCAUUGGGUCCUGUUGCCGCUGUUACUCUGCGCAGUUGCGGGUUUGGUGGCUGUGACGGUGGCUCUGGUUAUGGUGCUGAGCAAUAAAGGUGCCUCAGAGCCGAGGGCACAAUCUGAGCGGCGCCGGCGCCCCCCCUGUGAGGAGGACUGGAUCUGGUACCGGGGGAAAUGUUACUAUUUCUCUGAGACGUACGAUGAGUGGAACAACAGCCAGAGCUUCUGUGCCUCCCACAAUGCAUCUCUCUCUCUCAUCGACACCCAGGAGGAACUGGACUUUCUCAGAAGACACAAAGGCUUCCAAGACCAUUGGAUCGGGCUGUACAGAGACGCUGAGCGGCGGGCCUGGGUCUGGGCAAAUGGAUCUUUAUUCAAUAACAUGUUCAGGAUUGAAGGCACCGCCCCCUGCGUGCUGCUUAAUAACCUGCGAGUUGACAGCGCAGCCUGUAAUGGCGACAGAAGGUGGAUCUGUAACAAAAUGGACACAAAUACAUUUAUAGGAGGCGCUGUUGCCCUCAGUAUGAAGGAGAUGCCCUGAUGGGCGGGCCCACAGAUUGUAACAGGCGUAUGGGUGUAGGCGUACCUACCAACAUACCAGGAACAAACUAUAUGCCCGUAACCGCCCAGACUGGCCCCGGCAACAGGAACAUUGGCGCAGGCCCGGUUUAGACCCGACUGACUGGCCUGUUGGGAAAGAAGCAAAGUACCAAGCAAAAGGGGGGCGGGGCUUCCUGCUGAAAGAGAAAGUGAAGAUUAAUUUAUCCUUUAAACCUUGUAUAUGCGUCAUUUUAUAUUAUUAUUAUAUGAUACAGCUCCCUGUGGAUCUGCACUGAGCCCCAAACAAAAUACAAUGGGGGCCCAGCGAGACUCAUUUACACCGGGCACGUUGGUACAUGGGAUAAAGAUCUGUUUCACUAUGAUUGGCCUUGUCCAAAACUGAAUCCCAAAUAUAAGGUUCCCCCAUUUUGGCCCAACUACACGUUAUUAAAGGGGCGGUUCACCUUUAAGUUCACGUUUAGUAUGUUAUAGAAUGGCCGAUUCUGAGCAUGAUGCAGAGACUAAUACUCUGAGAUAAAUUGCAAUUGGUCUUCAUGUUUUAUUACUUGUAGUUUUUUAGUUAUUUAUACUCAGCGGGCAGUUGUAUGGCACGUUCCCUACCCUUCUAUAGGACUGGGCAGUGCCAGGAUCAGAUGAGCAGCCCCCAGUAAUAACAGGACAAGAGGGUGGAGUUGUCGGACGGCAUUUAUUGGCGAUGGCAUUUUGGCACAGGAGGAAUAAGAAAUAAGAUUUCAGAAUAGAAACAUUCGCAUUUUGGCCUGAAAGUCUGUGGCAUGUGGUUGCGCCGGGCAAAUAUCUGUAGCGCAACAUCUCCGUAACCCGGCAACGGAACAGUCUCCUUCAUCAGUUUCCCUCAUAACGUCAGGAUCCGGUUCUCCUGGGGGAUAACCAAAGGGUUAAAGGGGUUAACUUUCAGUGUGAUGUAGAGAGUAAUAUUCUGAGACAAUUUGCAAUUGGUCUUUAUUUUUUAUUAUUUAUAGUUGUUUAGUUAUUUUACUUUUUGUUCGGCAGUUCUUCAGUUUUUAGUUUCAGCAGCUAUCUGGUUGCUAGGGUCCAAAUGAACUUAGCAACCAGGGAGCCAUUUAAAUAAGAAGCUGGUAUAUGAAUAGGAGAGGGCCUGAAUAGAAAAACAAGUUAUAAAAAGUAACAAUAACAAUAAAACUGGAGCCUCACAGAGCAAUAGUUUUUGGCUGCCGGGGUCAGUGACCCCAAAUUUAAAAAGCUGCAGAAAGUUUUAAACUAUUUUCUAAACUAUAAAAUAUGAAGACCAUUUGAAAAGUUGCUUAGAAUAGAGAAUUCUAUAACAUAGUUAAAUUAAAGGUGAACUACCACUUUAAGUGAUUUCCCAGACAUACUAGUAAACGUGGGGCGGAGCUAUGGAAGACAGGGCACCAAGGGCCCCAGCUUAAUGGGAGAAAACACAGUAUCAUUGUGAGACCUUCCAGCUGUUAUUGAAAUACAAUUGCCAGUCGCCAUCAGCAGGUUUUGGCUGUUAGUGUGAUGCAGGGAGUAGUAGUUGGGCAAUAGCCAGAGAGACACUGAUCUAAAUAGAAAUAUAUUUCAUUCAUGACACAUUUUAUUAAUUAUAUUUUCUUACCAGGGGGCCCAGUCACAAUCUGGAGGCCCACAGUAAAUACACCAUUGGACUCUGACAGGCCGGUAAAUACAGGUUGAAGGGAUGAGGGUUCCCCCUAGUGGCCAAGGCUGCAUUAACAUGCUUUUUGCUACCAAUAGAAAUGCACAGAGCUUUCAGCCAACCUGCUUUUCUGGGGAGAUACCUGUAGUCCAAGUAUGGGCAGAGCUGAGGGGGAAAGGGUUGUGUCACUCCAGGAAUGUGGCCAAAAACCUCGUAGAAAUCACCCCCACAAGGUGGGCUCUUGUGUGUGAAAACCCCACCACCAACUUCCCAUCAUGUCUAAAAUCUGACCAACUGUCUGACAUGUGGAAGAGAGCUGCCCAGGGGCAGAAAGUGCACAGAUCAGUGGCUGGUAUGUACUAGGGGUAAAGAGGAUUUACAAAUCCAGGGCAAAGUAUCAUUGGGCCCAAGUUUGAUCCUGGGAGGACUUAAGGUAGCCACACACUGGAAGAUUUGCUCGUAGGGUGAGGUUGCUACUUAAUUCAAUCGUUUGGCCCUAGGACCACAUAAUCAAAAUACAGUGUUGGGCAUAGGUGCCGUCGGAUCAGGAUCUCUUCAAUGAGUUGAUCACCAAUUCGCCGGGUAGGCCCAUCGGGGGUGCCCAUACACGGGCAGAUAAGCUGCUGAAUCUCUCUGAAGGACCCAGAUGGGCAGCUAAAAUCUGCCCCUGUGUGGCCACCUUUACUUAUGGGCAAUUUCAGCACCAACUAUUGUUGAACCAGAUGUCAACAUAGACAGUAUGGCAGAACUUGCUUCCAUGGAUAUAUUCUGAGGGUACAUUUCCAUUCAGUACAACUAACUGUUUGGGGUGAAGACACACGGGGCAAUUAGUUGCCACAACCUUUUAAAAAGUCGCCGUGACUAAUCGGCAUUUGAGCUAAUGGCACGAGAUUGGUCACGUGUCUUUGUAGCCUCCCACAACUUUGACCCAACAGUCCAUUUUCCCUACUGGCCUUCGGCCGCUAGAUGGAGGCACACCAUGUAAAAGUAUUCACACGUCCCAUUACCUGAGGGCGCUAUGCAGAGCACGAAUGUUUGAGCUCGGCAACUCCAUUGUCACCUAAGAUAGAGGAGAAAAAAACAUAGUGUAAAAAAACU